UGAUGCUUCUAAUGUAGAUCAAUAAGUAGUCUGGCAACAUUUCCCUCAAGUCAUCCUCUGCUCUCCAAGUCGAAUGUAUUAUUCGACAGUCAUGCAUAUCGGCUCGGGAUUUUUAGCGCGGAUUUGCGCAAAUACUGGCCUCGUUUUUGCGACAAACUUCAACACACAGAAGCUUAAAGCUUUGAAGCACAGAAAGAUCUUCCUUCAAACGUACCACUAGAUUGUUAGCGAUUUGGCCAGAACUAUCGCCAACAACUUCUUAUCAUGUCACUGUCAGAUGUCUCAGACUUGACAGAUUUGUCUUCUGAUGAAGACGACUUCCCGCCAUCCAAAACCACGAGGACAACGGCGUCAAAGAAAAACACAAGAGAAUACAAGAUUUCGGGCGUCCUGCGAGCGCCACGGACCACAUCGUAUACGGCCAAGUCACUUUACGACCAAAUCAUCGACAAUGCGAUUGACCUUGACCCAGAAUACCAACGUGAUGUUGUAUGGCCAGAGCUAAAGCAGUCUGGUCUUAUUGAUUCGAUGCUGCGAAACUACUACAUGCCCCCAAUAAUAUUUGCGGUAUCAACGGCCGAUGAUGGCAGUGAACUCCGAACCUGUAUCGAUGGGAAGCAAAGACUGACUUCAAUACAGAGGUAUAUACAUUUCACAAACGAAAAGCUUUGGUACAAAUCAAGCGCCACUAGUGCUAGGCGAAAGCUUCUCCCAAAACACCUUGUUAAUCAAUUUGCGAACAAGCAGAUCGUAUGUGUCGAGUACGCCGAUAUCAAUGGAGAUCAGGAGCGUGAGAUUUUCCAGAGGGUGCAACUAGGAGUCGCGCUGACUCCUGCAGAACGCAUGCAAGCAAUUGUUGGCCCUUGGCCCACAGUCAUUCGGGAGAUUCAGAGCCAAGUUCUUGGCGAAGAUGGAUUUCAGGGUUACCUUGAUUGGGGUCACGCACGAGGACGUGACUUCCAGUGUAUGGCAUCUAUAGGCUACCUCAUUGAGAACCAUCCUAAGCCCGCUGUCCCCUCCGCCCCGACACUUGAAAAAUGGCUCUUAAAGAACGACCCUGUCGCUCCGAAGCUUCGCGAGGACUUGCUAGACACAUUCCGAGUCUUCCUCAUCCUUGCUCGGGACCAGAAAUACAGUCGCUCACUCAACAAGCCCACUCGUGUCUCUCCCAUAGAGUUUGUAAUGAUCGGUGUCUUGAUUUACCUCUUCCGUGAUCGAUUGUCGCUUACUCAACUCUCAUCUGCCAUUGAAAAGAUGCGAAAAGACGUACGCGACGCGCACCAAGAUAUUCGGGCAAACGGCAGAAUCACCAAGCAUAUGUUGUUGUUCAUGAGCAAAAGACUCAAGAUAUCCGAGUUAAAAACUGACGGGGAAGGUGACAAACCGGCUGCCGGAAAACCUCCAAAAGCCAAGAAACGGAAGAGGGUCGCAGAAUAUGAUGAUGACAGUGAUGAGGAAGAAAAGCCUCGCAAGGUAACCGCCACCAAGGCGCCGCCCACUGCAUCUUCGACUGUAAAAUCGAGCUCAAAGUCUUCAGGAUCUGCUUCCCAAAAGAAGCUAGCUGAUUCCAAGCCCAACCCUAUGCCAAAGAAAGUGUCGGCUGCCCCUGCAGUGUCUCAGUCAAAGCAGAAAAGACCUUCCCCAGAUUCUCGACCAGCUGUUGAAAGGAUAUCCCAAGCUCCAGUGCAAGCAAAAGUGCCACCUCUAACACCUACUCCUCCCGCGACAUCAACCAGUCCAUCACUACCUUCCACACAAGCACCUCUCCUCCAAUCAAACAUGGGGAUUUCGACCAGCCCUGCCAGACCUUCCCCUGCACCUAUCUCCAAUGUCAGGUCCGAAGCUCGCGUUUCUCCAGUGGUAAAGUCGGAGCCACGUGUCGCUUCGCUAUACCCUUCUUCCGUGAUUCCAUCCACAAUACCAGCGGCUGAUAGACUUGGUCCUAUUCGAGCUGCGAAAGAGGCUAUUCGAUCAAACUCAAACUCUCAGGUCCAGUCUCCUGUUGUUCCUCACACAGAGUUUAAGGGUGUGAGCUCUGUAUCGAACCCUGACGUGAACGGCUCGUCAAAGGUUGACCCUCGGCGUGUUGGGCCAUCUCCACCAGCUGUUGCUGUUCCGCCACAGCAAAGCCCAAACCCGCUAUCUAGCGGUAUGGAACAAAAAUUCCAAAUCAAUCCUUUAGAAGUUGAAGCCUUGUUGCGGGCACAUGGGCUCAUGGUGCCUCAUAAUCAACAAAUGCCAAUGAGCUCUUCUGUUGCAUUGCCUGAACAGGCUAUGGCAGCUGUGCAGUCAGGCCUGAAUAUUCUGAGCGGGAUUAGCACCCUCGCCCCUGGUUCUUCGAGUUUCUCGCAGGGUAUGUCUGUCAAUGGUGGGCAGGGCAUGCAGCCGGUUCCGUCCCUACAAUAUGCCCAGGGAGGCGCGCAAGCUCCGUUGUACUUGCCUGGCCCAUCGCAAAAUGGGUUCUCAAACGGGACUCAACCUGCUCCGCUUCAUUCUCUCCCAUCUCGGCCGCCAUCGACUACACCGACCCCGAUUAACACAGUACUGCGCGCAGAUUCCACAUCAACUGCGCCGCCGCCACAUUCCGCAUCCUCGACCGGAUCGUUCAAAGAUGAACGACGAUAUAGUGACUAUGAACGACGGGACUACUCCAGAGGCCGUGGGCCUUACGACAAAGAAUAUCGACGCCAUGAUUCUCGCCGUGAUUCGAGCAGGUGGGACAAUCACAGAGACAGAGGAAGGGAUAGUGGCUGGGUUCCGAGAGGGAGGGAGAGUUGGCGAAAGGUUUAGGCGAGCAAGCAGCUGAAUGGCAACAAACGUGGUUCGAGGGCGCUAGGUGAUAUAUCUAUGUCCUUCGAUUACCCCAUGUGCCAUCCUCAUUCCUUAAUAUUGCGUUUCAUUUUGUGACAUGUUUGGCCCUUUUCAUUAUCAUAACAGCAUACUUCUCUGCAACACCGACUGGCUUCUCUCAUUCAUUAUACCUA